CAUUGUUUAUCCUCGCGCCCAUCUCCGAGUCCGUCAUGAUAACCCCAGCUCCACUCGACCAGCGGGACAAUGACGCUGCCUUUGUAUGUACUCCAUGUACUGCCACUGCACGGGAAACAUGGUGUGGGGUAGCCUUACUUGUAAAUGGGCGUCUUAGCUGGUAUUAAAACGAGUUGGAAAUCUCGGGACGACCCGUUCACUACCUCAUGCAGUUUCUUUUUCCUCUGAUAUCGUUGCUCUCUGUAGUCUCUUUCGUCUUCGCUGUCCCUAAUCCAAUACCCGGUACUAGCGGUGCGAUUUGUUUAGCUGUUCAUGUUAAUUCUGGUAAAGACUUCUGACACUUUAGAAGAUAUUGUGGUCCGGGAUCCUUCGAUAUGGUACAACCCUGCCUCUCACAAGUACUUCGUUUUCUCCACUGGUGAAGGCAUCAGGAUUUUUACUAGUCCGUCGUUGAGAGGACCCUGGGCCCGUGUCGGCACUGUAAUGCCCAACUGUUCCCAGAUCGAUCAUCCAGGUAGAUGCGAAUUGUGGGCACCGUCUGUCAGUUUUACAUUGGGAAAAUAUGUGUUAUAUUAUGCGGUCUCGACCGCCAACAGCCGCGAUUCUGUCAUCGGUGUUGCCACUAGUCCUACGAUGGAACCAGGUACCUGGACAGACCUCGGUGCAGUCCUCAUGUCCAAGCAGGGUGAUGUUUUCAAUGCUAUUGAUCCGGACCUGAUCGAUUACAACGGUCUCAAACUCUCGUUUGGCUCUUGGUCGAGCGGCAUUUAUCAGAUCAGUAUCUCGUCUGAUGUUAAUCAUGCAUCCUCUCGAACUCCUGGAACACAUCUUGCGGGCGGAAACGGUCGCCCAGUAGAAGGCGCUAUUACGUUCAAACCCGACAAUUCAUCUUAUUGGUUCCACUUUUUCUCUGAUGGAGUCACUCAUCUUACCAGUAAACCCCUUCCUCCGGGAAAAGAAUACAAAGUUCUCGUUGGCCGUGGAAGUGGCGGGACGGGACCGUUUUAUGGAAAAUUCGGGCGUGCGUUGACUGAGACGUCCGACCCACCUCCUGGAUCAUUGGUCUUGGGGUCCCAUGGUGAUGUCUAUGCUCCUGGUGGCCAAAGUGUCUUCAAGGACCCAGUGAGUGGUAGAUACGUGAUGGUCUACCAUUACGUUCGUAAGAACGAAACUUUCGAUGGACAAUCGUAUUUGGGCAUCAAUUUCUUGGAUUUCUCCUCUGGAUGGCCGGUUGUUGUUGACUGAAGUCUUCAAUGACAGGAUUGAGUUGGAGUAAAUCGUACCCGAGUCCUCUUUAUUUCGCUAGAUUUUUAUUUUCAAACUGUCUUAUUAUUCGAGUACUAAAUGGGUAAGAAAGGAGUCCUCGAAACAUAUGUAUGCAAUGGC